AUGUCUUCGAAUGAAGUACAAAAUCCUGUGAAUGAGGAAUCAAAUGAAGUAUUAGAACAAAAAUAUUUUCAAUCUCGUCCAGAAACUUAUAAUGGUGCUGAACGUGAUCUCUAUUUAUGGACACAAACCAUAAAUGAUAUUGAUGUUCGAGUUAAAAUUCCAAAAACUAUUAAAAAAGGCAAAGAAGUCAAAGUAAAUUUAACUAAACAACAUAUAAAAGUUGAUAUAAUCGAAUCGAAUACAUUCAAAACAAUUAUUGAUAGUGAUUUACCAUGGGCAAUACGUGCUGAAGAUUCUACAUGGAGUUUAGUACCUGGUGAAUAUAUUCUUAUUUCAAUGGAAAAAGCAUUGGAACGUUGGUGGGAAAAUGUUUUAGUCGAUGAAAAAAAAAUUAAUCUUAAAAAUAUUCAACCUGAAAAAUCUAUGGAAGAUUUAGGUCAAGAAGAACAAAUGAAAAUUCAUCAAAUGAUGUAUGAUCAACGACAAAAAGCGAUGGGUUUACCAACAUCAGAAGAACAAAAAUAUCAAGAUAUUAUGAAACAAGCAUGGAAUGUUGAAGGAUCACCAUUUAAAGGACAACCUUUUGAUCCCUCUAUUGUUGAAUCGAUGAGAAAAGCUGAAUAA